AUGCAGGAUAUUAUAUCGCUCAAGUGGAAUGGGUAUGAAAACACACCCGAUAUUAUAACCGGGGCUAAUAACGGACACACAAUCAAAAUCAUUCCCAAGUGGGCGGAUGAAUCUAGAAGACCCUAUUUAUCUGGUGGACCUCUCAGUAGUCGAUACGUUCUCCAAGAAUCCCACUUUCAUUGGGGGGCGGAUAACAAUGUUGGAAGCGAACACACGGUCAAUGGAAAAAAGUUCGUCCUUGAGGCCCACAUGGUACACUGGAAACUCGAUUACGGUUCAUUCUCAGCAGCCGUUGAACAACCUGAUGGACUCGCAGUAGUUGGAUCGUUCUAUGAU